GACAGGCGAGGGAGGCGCUUCGUCAUUUCCCCGGGUUUCCCGCGCUGCGCUCGGAUUCAGGUUUGCAGUGUGUACUACAGAUACAGCUAGAGCAGUGACAGCGGCUUUAACAUAUAAAUAAUAAUAAUGUCAAACUCAGACUAUGAUCCUGCCUGUUUACCUGAUCUACUGCCGCUCUAUUACCGCCGGCUCUUCCCCUUCUCACAGUAUUACCGGUGGCUGAGCUACGGAGGUGUGACCAAGAACUACUUCCAGAACCGUGAGUUCUCGUUCACCCUGAAAGAUGAUAUCUAUGUUAGAUACCAGUCUUUCAGCACACAGAACGAACUGGAGAAAGAGAUGCAGAAAAUGAACCCCUACAAGAUCGACAUCGGAGCUGUCUACAGCCACAGGCCCAGUCAACACAACACGGUGAAAUCUGGAACGUUUCAGGCCCUGGAAAAGGAGCUGGUGUUUGAUAUUGAUAUGACUGACUAUGAUGAUGUCAGAAGCUGCUGCAGUGCUGCAGAUAUUUGCAGUAAGUGCUGGACACUGAUGACCAUUGCCAUUCGAAUUCUAGACCGAGCACUGAGAGAGGAUUUUGGCUUCCAGCACCUCCUCUGGGUGUACUCUGGCAGGAGAGGCGUUCACUGUUGGGUGUGUGAUGAAGCUGCCAGGAAGCUCUCAGUUGCUGCUCGUUCCGCUGUGGCAGAGUACCUCAGUUUAGUCAAGGGUGGCGAGGAGACAGUGAAGAAAGUUGUGCUGUCCGAUCCAAUUCAUCCCUUCAUCAGCCAGUCUCUCUCAGUGGUGGAGCAUUACUUCCUUCAGUACGCCAUUGUGGGACAGGAGCUGCUAAGCAGCAAGGAGGGCGUAGACAAAGUACUCAACCUGCUGCCAGAAGAUGUCAGAAAGGAUCUGCUGCUUCAUUAUCAGAGUGAGAAAAAUCCAACAAAGCGCUGGGAGAGGCUGAAGACCCUGGUGCAUCAGAAAAGGGCCACCAGUAAGAAAGGCGGUCAGUACUUUGAUAAGGAGAUCAUGCUACAGUACUGUUACCCACGCCUGGAUGUCAACGUCAGCAAAGGAGUCAACCAUUUACUGAAAAGUCCAUUCAGCGUCCAUCCUAAAACAGGCCGGAUUUCUGUGCCAAUUGACCUAAGAAAUCUGGACAAGUUUGACCCUUUUGAAGUGCCUACAAUAAGCCUUAUAUGUGAAGAGCUGGACAAGCCCAGACCUGACGAAGAAGAGGAGGACGAUACGAAGGAUAAAGAGAAUGAAAUAGAAGCUGGAGAACGGCGUAAAAUCAGAGAUUUUAAGCGUACUAGCCUGGCCAAGUACAUAAAACUGUUCGAUCAGUUUUUGGAUUCUGUGGCUCGCUCUAGGAAAGGAGAUAUGCUGAAGAAAAGCGAUCUCCAGAAAGACUUUUAACCUGUCAGUGAUGGUCCAAACACAUCAUUCCAGAGAGAUGUGUUGCUUCUGUCUCAAUAGAUUAUCCCUUUUGGCCUGGAGAGAAUAAAAGGAAAAUUGUGGAUUUUCAGCUCUGUUUAAAUGCACUUCUUUUUGGGGGGUUUCCAGCAAACAUGUUUAAAACUAAGAAAAGAUGAAUAAAAAGGAUUUGGGGAAAAGCAGUAAAAUUCCAAGCAGUGUACAUUCCAAGUGCUUGUACAUAAUUUCUAGCAUCUGAUUUUGUACAAUAAAUAAUUACUCUAUUUUGGGCUUGUUCAACCUGCUUAAUUUUUUUAAAACUUGUUACUGUUUUGAUCACUUAGUAUUGUUACUGUACUGUAUAUUUACAUGUGUUAAUAAAGAUGUUUGUUUAAUAA